AUGAGUCCUCUAUCAGGCAAAGUCGCUUUCGUCGCAGGUGCCAAUGGCAUUAGUGGUUUCGCAAUCAUCGAGCACUUAGUUCGGCAGCCUAAGACUGAGUGGUCGAAAAUUAUCGUCACCUCCAGACGCCCCCUGGCAUAUUUCUGGCCUGAUCCUCGUGUGGAAUUUGUGGCCGUGGAUUUCCUCGAACCGGUAGAGAAGAUCGUCGCAAAGCUGAGGAAUAUCUGUGCGCCUGUUACUCAUACAUACUUCACCUCGUACGUGCACCAUGAUGACUUUAGGGUCCUGAAAGAAAAGAACGUACCCUUGUUCAAGAACUUUAUGGAUGCGGUGGAUGAAGUCUGCCCGAAUCUGGAGCGGGUUUGCCUUCAAACUGGUGGAAAGUACUACGGUGUUCACCUUGGACCUGUCAAGUUCCCUCUAUCGGAGGACAUGCCGAGAUAUGACGAUAAGGGUUACAACUUCUACUACGUCCAGGAAGAUUAUCUGAAGGAGGCGCAGAAAAAACGAAACACAUGGUCCUGGAACGUCAUCCGCCCGAACGCAAUCAAUGGAUUUGCUCCCCACGCAAACGGAAUGUCCGAAGCCCUAACCGUGGCAAUCUACAUGUUGAUCUGCCGUGAGCUUGGCCAGCCUGCUCAGUUCCCAGGCAACGAGUAUUUCUGGAACUCUAUCGACGACAAUUCUUACGCGCCUAGCUUGGCUGAUUUGACUAUCCACGCUACGACAAAGGACCACUGCAAGAACGAAGACUUCCUCCAUUGCAACGGAGAUGUCUUUGUGUGGAAAUACCUGUGGCAGGAUGUUGCCAAAUACUUCGGCGUUGAGGCCCCCGAGCCUCAGUUCAACAAGGCCACCGGCCAAGCCGAUACUCUCAACAACGAAAUCGACAUGGUAGAGUGGGCCAAAGACAAGCGUCCCAUUUGGGAAGCCGUGGUAAAGAAGUACGGAGGUAAGGUCGAAGCGUUCGACUGGGGCACCUGGGGCUUCUUCAACUGGGCAACCGGCAAGUCUUGGUGCACAAUCUCAUCCGUUAACAAGGCGAGGAAGUACGGUUGGCAGCGGACAGACGAUACCUACGAAACCUGGAUUGAGACCUAUCGGUCUUUUGAGAAUGCAGGUGUGUUGCCUAGCCACACAGCCCUUUAG